CGAGGAGCCCACUGAGAUGACGGCCAUGACCGAUCCGGAAGUGACGUCAUCAGAUGGCGUGGCCGUGACCGGAACCACGGCCAGAGACCACCGGAAGGCCUUCUUUAAACGAUACUUCCGGUCUCCGGUUGGAAAAUAUGUACUGGCCAUAUUUAUCAUCGGCACACUGGCGAUUUUUGCAUACCUCUUCUCUAAGAUUGUCAUGGGAGCCAUGUACCUAAACUCUUGCCCCGUGGAUCGGUUCGUGCCCAUCUACUUAGUCGUCAGCUCCUCCCUCCUCAUCAUCUGCAUCGUCAUCCUCCUCAUCGUCUUCUUCAAGUGUCGGAGAGAGGAAAGUGACGAGAGUGUCUCGUCUCAUCAUCUCAUCGCCCUCGUCUAUUUCUUCCUUCAUCUGGUGCUCCAGCUGGCAGGGAGUGUGUGUGUGAUCAGAACACGCAACGAUCUUCUCGAGAUGACAGAGGUGGAAAAACUGGACCCAUCGUCGGCGUGUGACAAAACCCUCAUCGAGUUCGCCUUUGGCAUUGUCAUAUUUGAGCUGGUUCUGUCCGGAUUAGUCCUGAUCGCUGUUUUGUUGAUACUCGCUGAGAUUAUCUACCUUGUGUGCUGUAGCCCAAGUCCAGAAAAGCAGCCCACAAAUCGAUGAUGUCAUCAGUAUGGAUUAUUUAAAAAGUCAGCAAAAGAAAUAGCGAAACAAAACAAAAUACAUUUUAAAUCUCAGCGUGUCUGCGAGUGACUCAGUCAUAACUCAGACUGGAGCCUGGACCAAUCAUGGUGAGAUGUUCCCAUCCUCUUUGACAAAACGGCCCCUUCGCAUAUAUAUUAAAUUUUGUACAUACAGUACUUUAUCUUACGAUGAUAAUCUCAUCAUGUGGCUGAUGUAUAGCUGUGUGACACGUGGAGUGAAUUCUGAGGCCUGAUGCCUGGACCCCACAACCCUGAUUUCUGAAAGUGAUGUGAGUGUGAGUGAUUUAAAAAAAAAAUGUGAGGCAUCGUGGUGAAAUCAGGUGCUCGUUAAAAUAA